CCACCAGUAAACCGUUUACUACACACCCACCUAAAAACCAUUUAGUAUUCCCAGAAAAAACACAUAUCAUAUCCUCAUUCUCUGCUACUACCUUGUACUACUUCAAACAUCAUGGAUAAGACUACUGCAGAGAUGAAGCGUGGGCAGACGGGAGAAGAAGAAGGCGAAAUUGAUAACCAAAAAUGGGUUUGUGAUUCUUCCCUUGAUCAUAAAGGCAGAGUUCCUCUUCGUGCCUCCACUGGUGUCUGGAAGGCCUCUCUUUUCAUCAUUGUGAUUGAAUUCGCGGAGCGUUUGAGUUAUUUCGGGAUAGCAUCAAGUUUGAUCAUAUACCUGACCAAGAUUAUCCAUCAAGAUCUGAAAACAGCAGCCAAGAAUGUGAAUUAUUGGACCGGUGUUACCACUCUGAUGCCUCUGUUUGGAGGGUUCUUAGCUGAUGCAUGCUUAGGCCGAUUCUCGACUGUUCUUGCUUCCUCCAUUGUCUACCUCCUGGGCUUGCUUCUUUUGACAAUGUCAAGGGUAAUCCCAAGCUUGAAGCCAUGUGAAGGUGAUGUUUGUGGUGGACGAGGAAAGGUGCACGAAACCGUAUUCUUCCUGGCGAUUUACUUGAUAUCAGUUGGGACAGGAGGGCACAAGCCAUCACUGGAGAGCUUUGGAGCUGAUCAGUUUGAUGAUGAUCACGCGGAAGAGAGAAAGAAGAAAAUGUCUUUCUUCAAUUGGUGGAACUUUGGGCUGUGCUCGGGCUUAUUGAUUGGUGUGACGUUGAUAGUUUACGUGCAAGAUCAUGUUAGCUGGGCUUUAGCAGACGUGAUUCUCAGUGGUGUAAUGGGGUUUAGUAUAGUGAUCUUCUGUGUUGGCAGGCCGGUUUACCGGUUCAGGAAGGCUGCUGGGAGCCCCUUCACGCCAUUGUUGCAGGUGCUUGUAGCUGCGAUUAGAAAGAGGAAUCUUGAUUGCCCUUCUAAUCCUGGUCAGUUAUAUGAAGUCCCCAAAUCAGAAUAUGCCCGGGGGAGGCUUCUCUGUCACACCAGAAAACUCAAGUUUUUUGACAAAGCUGCAAUUGUAGAAGAGAAAGGUGGGAAUUCAUCUAAUCCAUGGCGGCUAGCAACCGUGACGAAAGUGGAGGAGAUGAAGCUGGUGAUCAAUAUGGUUCCCAUUUGGCUAACCACUCUGCCGUUUGGUAUGUGCGUGGCUCAAGGCGCGACGUUCUUCAUCAAGCAAGGUGCGACGUUGGACCGGAAGAUCAUCAACGGCUUCGAGAUCCCGCCGGCGACGAUUUACUCGCUGGCAGCCAUCGGAAUGAUCGUUUCCGUCACAAUCUACGACAGAAUCCUCGUACCCGUACUGAGAAAAGCGACGGGGAACGAGCGGGGGCUCACCAUCCUCCAGAGAAUCGGGAUCGGGAUGAUAUUCUCCGUCACCACCAUGGCCGUCGCGGCACUGGUGGAAAAAAAGAGACUAAAUUUCGUCCAAGAAAACACAACCUCGGACUCCAUGAGCGUCUUCUGGCUGGCGCCGCAGUUUCUGAUCAUCGGAAUCGGAGACGGGUUCACGCUGGUGGGGUUACAAGAGUACUUCUACGACCAAGUCCCGGACUCUAUGCGAAGCCUGGGCAUUGCGUUCUAUCUCAGCGUCAGUGGGGCGGCGAAUUUCCUCAGCAGCCUGCUGAUCACGGCGGUGGACCGCGCCACGGCGAGGAGUGGGCGGAGCUGGUUCGGGAAGGACCUGAACAGUAGCCGGCUGGACUACUUUUACUGGCUGUUGGGAGGCAUCACGGCGGCGAAUUUGUGCGUUUACGUGUUGGUGGCGAGGAAUUAUACUUACAAGAAUGUGCAGAGCAAGACGACAAUGGCGGUGGCCGAUUGCGAUGAUGAUGGUGGCCGUGACGCAAUGGUCUAACUUAAUCACUUCAUAAUAAAAAAUCCUUAGCUUACUUAUAUUGUAUUGAGUAUAUAUAUAAUUGUAUGGGGUGUUAGCUUUCUCUAAAAUUAAAUCAAAUCUCAGAAGCUCCUGUAUUUAGCAUGGUUAGUUCUUGGAUUAAUUAAAAGGUCAUAAUUAGAGG